GCGCCUGACAGAGCCAGUGUGACCUCGGAUGAUGGAGCGAUGACAUGUAUUAUAAAAAGGUGGCGUCCUGUGACAGUAUAGUGUCGUCAACCGGGCAGCAAGUCCAGUGUUUGAGUGUGUGUGUUAAAUUAAGGACAUUAGAACUUCCACUACGUGUAUACACCCAAACUGAUAACUCCUCCUCAGCCCCGGGGGUCAGCGGAUACAGUCGCAAUGUGGGAUAGUGUCCUCAUCAGUAAGAAAAACUGCUAGUGAUUAAUGGAAGAGAAAUAAUGGCAAAUUGGCGGAUGAAUUUUUUAUGUGAGGAGGGAAGAAGCUCAUUCAACGGAACUAAUUUCAGAUACGUGAUUAGAUUAUGUCGGAAUUUAUCAAGAUUCAAUUCCUCAUACAGACUGAACUCUACGUUUGUACCGAUGUUCGAGGACCAGGAGGAAGGCCAUGACUUAAUGAGGCCCGAGACAAUUGUUACUUUUGUUCUGUGCGUUGUAGCAUUGCUGUUCAAUGUUGUGUCCAUCAUGGCUACGUCACAAAUCUCUAAGACGUCACAUACCAAAGUGAUCAUAAGUCUCGCAGCCUCCGAUAUUCUCGUCUCAGUCAGUGUAUUCAUGCACGUUGUUAAUGGUCAUUUCAAUGUGCCACCUUCUGCUCUCGACCCUGAUCCCAAUUCUCGUCUUCUUUCUGCUUGCAUUCAAGUUUGUGUCGUUUCAUUCAACAACAUGGCAAACUUGAUGUCUCUGUUAAACCUUUUAGCCAUAGCUAUAGAUCACUAUAUAGCAAUUCUGAUGCCGUAUCGAUAUGUGCAUCUUUUAAACCGCUGGCGGACAAACUUGAUGAUAACUAUUCUAUGGAUAAUAGGAUUUCUCUGUGGAUUUUCUUCAUUCUUUGGAGGUUUUCAAAAGUCGGAGGCAUUCCAGUAUUUAAAUUUUUGUGAAAUUACGAACUAUUCAGAUUUCCAUUCGGAAUAUUUUGUGAUAUUCACGGCGGCCAUAUGUUCAGUCGCCAUGCUAUUCAUUUAUACAAGAAUAUUCUGUGUAGUGCGACGUGUCAGCACAGAAAGCACAACGCUACAUAAAGACGGAUUGCACAACACCAAGGCUCUUAGAACCUCGGCCCUUAUCAUUGGUACUUUCGUUGUUUGUUGGCUUCCGAACUUAGUCUUCCAAGUUUCCGUAGUGAUUCAGUUACACGCUUUAGACAGUAGGAAUAAGGUAUACGAAACGCUUUUUCGUGCCAACAGAUAUUUAUAUAUUCUUGUGGUGGUGAAUUCUGUGUGUGACCCCAUUAUAUAUGCAGCAAGGCUAAAAAUCGUACAGAAAGGUUACUUUAAGUUAUUAUCACGGUUUUGCGGGUAUAAUAACCCAAAAAUGUACGAUGAUGUCAAUUACAGCCAAUCAAAGAUGGAGCUCUUGGCCAGGAAACGUUCGACACUGGUAACCAAUGACCACAGAGAAUCUCAUCCCGAAGUACAGGCUAUGUUGUAAAUUGUUUUAGAUUUACACAUGGUGAUCAUGAACUAACAGAAAAAAAAUAAAGUUGAUGAAUUAUGAAA